GGCGGCGGGUUUGUUUAUCCCGGGGAAGAAGUUUAGGAGCGGGAGAUAGGGGAGGAGGGCGGGCCGGGGAGGAGGGAUGCGGUUCGGCGGAGGCGGCCGCCACAGGGACUCGCCGCCAUCACCUCAGCCGCCUCAGCCGGAGAGGAGCCGCCGCCGGGGCUGCCCGCCGCCGCCCCGCACGUCCGGCCCAUUUUAGGGUGAAUUCUCAGCUCUCCAGCCAGACCACUCCGUGCCUCCACCCCAGUGGGCAUGCCCUCAACCUGCCUACCUCCAGGCACACAUUGCCCUCUCAUCCGUUUCUCUCUCCCAGUAAAGCACUCAACUGUGUGGGAUAUUGCGUAAAUCUUAGAAGACUGCAAUAAAGCGGCAAUGUCUCGAGAACCCACCCCACCUCUCUCUGGAGAUAUGUCUACUGGUCCUAUAGCAGAAAGCUGGUGUUACACACAGGUUAAAGUUGUAAAAUUUUCCUACAUGUGGACCAUUAAUAACUUCAGUUUUUGUCGAGAGGAAAUGGGUGAAGUGUUAAAAAGUUCAACGUUCUCAUCCAGCCCCAGUGACAAAAUGAAAUGGUGCCUGAGGGUAAAUCCAAAGGGAUUAGAUGAUGAAAGUAAAGACUACUUGUCCUUAUAUUUGCUUUUAGUCAGCUGUCCAAAAAGUGAAGUUCGAGCAAAAUUCAAAUUUUCCCUUCUGAACGCUAAAAGGGAAGAAACAAAAGCAAUGGAAAGCCAAAGAGCAUAUCGAUUUGUACAAGGGAAAGACUGGGGUUUUAAAAAAUUCAUUCGAAGGGAUUUUUUGCUUGAUGAAGCUAAUGGUCUUUUACCAGAUGACAAGCUUACAUUAUUUUGUGAGCAUCUCCAGCACUGCUUGCAGAAGAGGAGGAAGCAUUGCACUGGCCUACCUAAAGAACUGCCUCCUCCCCUCCCCUGCAAGUGGUGCUGUAGACAGGUGAGUGUGGUCCAAGAUUCAGUAAAUAUAUCAGGACAUACUAAUACAAAUACUUUAAAGGUGCCUGAAUGUCGACUAGCAGAUGAUUUAGGUAAUCUCUGGGAAAACACAAGAUUUACAGAUUGCAGUUUUUUCGUGAGAGGACAAGAAUUUAAAGCUCAUAAAUCUGUACUUGCAGCUCGAUCCCCAGUUUUUAAUGCAAUGUUUGAACAUGAAAUGGAAGAAAGCAAAAAGAAUCGAGUGGAAAUAAAUGAUGUAGACCCUGAGGUUUUUAAAGAAAUGAUGAGAUUCAUUUACACAGGGAAGGCGCCAAAUCUUGACAAAAUGGCUGACAACUUGUUGGCAGCUGCAGACAAAUAUGCACUGGAACGGCUGAAGGUCAUGUGUGAAGAAGCUUUGUGUAGUAACCUCUCAGUAGAAAAUGUUGCUGAUACCCUUGUCCUUGCAGAUUUGCACAGUGCAGAACAGUUGAAAGCACAAGCCAUAGACUUUAUUAAUAGGUGCAGUGUACUUCGACAGCUUGGGUGUAAAGAUGGGAAAAACUGGAACAGCAACCAAGCAGCAGACAUAAUGGAAACAUCUGGGUGGAAGUCCAUGAUUCAGUCUCACCCACAUUUGGUAGCAGAAGCCUUCCGAGCACUAGCAUCUGCACAGUGUCCGCAGUUCGGUAUUCCACGAAAACGGCUAAAACAGUCUUGAAAUCUUCCAUGAAGUGUAGAAAAAUGGAAUUGACUUUCACUCCUCCAGGUCCAGAAGGAUUCUAAUACACAAAGCAUAAGCAAGAGUUGUUUCUGUUGUCUUGUCCACAGAACAGAAGCUGAAAAAGCAUAUUGCUUGAAUUUCAGGUGGAUAAUUUAUGGUUUAUUCUUCAGCUUUAAAUUAGACUGAUUAUACUCUAAUUCACUUCAAGGCCUUAAAUUAUCUUCAGUGACUUCUCUUGUUCAUAUAUAUACUUUAAUUUUUUUAUUGUGCCUUGUCAUUGUGACCAAGGCUAUGCAGGAUUGCACUAGCUCCAUAAUGCAGUAAUAUUGAUAACUGAAGAUAAUAAGUUUCAAAAGGAUCUUCCAUUAGUUUGAGAAAGGCAAAUGAAUAUUAUAGGGUUUGUCCUAUGCUAUCUCAAAGUUUAAAACUAGGUUUUCCUUAAAAGAGCACUUGUAUUGGAGAUUACUGGUGAUGUCUCCAGUCUAAGUUCUGUAAAUACAGGAGAACCUGCUUACCUUCAAGGUAAGUUAUGGCAAUACACUGCUUCAAUUCUAAUUUAUUUUUCAUUUCAGGGGGCAAAUAUGCAAUGAGUUGGCCCAGAUUUUUAGUGAAAUUUGUGGUGUUUUUAUGUUAUCUGUCCAACAAACUAAGAGAAGCAUAACAAACCUUUGCUUGUGUUUCUUUGUGAGUUUAUCCAAGUUUACAAUGAUUGAGAACUGAUUGAGGUUAAGAUUUCAAUAAGAAAGCAUGUUUUGUGCUGAAUUAAUUUUUUUUUAAUUUAUAGUGACCUACAUUUAUAUGAAGAAUUCUGUACAUGUUAAAAGUAAGGAUGACCAAAUAUAAAUUUAAUGAGUGGGCCAAUUAAGAAGAUAUAUAUGCACUUUUAAUGUGUAACUUUUUUAUACUGAAUGGUACUUUUUUUUUUUUGCUUUUGAGAGAAUUGAUAAGGUAUAAUUAAUUGUCUUAACUUUUGAAAGAAUUUUUAAGACAGAUGGAGGCAACUGGGAUGUUUGUGAUAAUAGAUAAGGAAGGUAUUCUCCAUUAUAGUUAAAUUGGUUUGACUUCCAGAUAUUCAUUAUUGAAUUCACGCCUGUUUAUCACUCUUUGGAGAAGGCACCUGACAGUAAAUGAAUCCUGGACAGCCUACUCUCCUUCUAAAAGCAAUGAACCUGCUAUUAUUUGCAGACUAAAGGAGAGAACCCUUAGAAAUAUGUCAGGCUACACUCUGAAACCUUUUUUCCUCCCUAGCUUUCUCCUUUCUGUCUCAGUUACUGUACCAACAUUGUGGAUGAUAGUGAAAUUCUGCAUAAUGUGAACAGGAUAAACUAUUUAUAAACUGCUUUUCACAGGCCAGUUCUUUAUUAUAAAUGAAUUUUAGCUUUAAACACAUACACAUCUUCAGUGUUUGAUAGCUCUGUUUACAGCGGAAGUCUGCUCUGGUGCAUUGUCCUGGUGAAGCAGGAGCAAUCAGUGUCAAGUCACUGCAUCUGAUUUCCUGUGACAGUGGCAGUAUGCUUCUUAGGCAAGAUUUACAUUUGACCACAAGGGAAAAAUUUUUUUCACUGGAAAAUAAAAUGCAUAUACCUAUAUAUUUACAUAUAUAACUUUAUUCUCCAGAUUAAAAUUUGUAUAAUUCGUUUAUUUAGUUUUUGAAUUUAGGACAAAAGGAAAAAGAUGAAGCGUGAAGUUUUAAAAUAGAUUUUAUUUUUGUUAUCUGUCUGUUAGGUAUUUACUGAAGCAAUCCUAAUAUACCAAGAGUGAUUCAUAUUUACAUUGAACACUGUCAAAUAAUCAUUUGUUAUCCACAUCAAACUGGAGUUCAAAACGAUCAUAUUUUCAGAUAUCUUCAUUUCUUCCUGUGUAGCUUGAGUCUUUGUUGUGUUAACCUAAGUUUGAAAUUGGAAGACUCCCUUCGGAUAGAAGAAAGAUUCUUACGUAUGAAUGGAUUCCAUCCUAUGUAAGAGUAUUAUAAGGAGCAGAAAUUCACUUCCUUAACUUCACCAUAAGAUUGAGCCCUUUAAAUUUACAAUGUGCAAUUUAAAAAAGAAACCACACACACAUACACAUACACUUUAAGAAUUUGAGAUUUUGCCAGGGUCUUAGAAGAAAACAAAAAUUCAUCCCUCAGGCCCUAGAAUUUUGUUGUCAUAUAUUAAAAAAAUACCGGUGUAUUCAUUUAUGUCAGAUGCACACAGGCGCAUUCUGAAUUAAUUCACUGCUUGGAUCUACAUUUCUAACCAUAGUGACUUCAGUAAUAACACCUAUUGUAAUGAACAUUUCAGCUUACCCUUACUUACAUACUUACUUUAGUGCUUAUUGCAAAUCUGAAGGGUUUUAUUAUAAAGAUUUUUUUUUUUAGUUUGGUAGCACAUUUUGUACCAAAAACGUCCAACACUGUGCUGUAAGAAUAUCCACAUUUGUAGAAAUGUCCACUUUUCAGAUAAUAUAAUUCCUACCAUUAUACUAACAGAAUCAUAUGGUAGUUGAUUUAUUUUUUUUAUUUAUUAUGUAUAUUUUUGGUAUUGUAGGUUCUUGAGACAAUGAUACAAAACUGUUAACAUAUUCUGACGUGAGUGCUCUAAUAGCCUUUUUUUUUUCAUUUUUAAACUACAGACAUUGUUUCGGUAGGCACAGAUUUUGUCCUGAGCAGUGUUGCCUUUUGAACUAAAGCCUGCUCCUGUUUCCCUUUUGUCACCUAAACAGAGCUUUUUCUUAGAAAAGUAGUAACUGGUCUUAAAUGUUCCAUAUUAUAAAAGUAACCAUUGGAGAACUGUUCUUUAGAUUGAGAUACAGAAACACUGUAUUUGUGCCUUUUUCAUUUUUUAAUAUUAAUGUGUAUCGGUAUUUGGAGCACAAAUAUGAAGGUGCCAUAACAUUAUGGCCUGCCAUUGUUACCUCCUUGAAUACUCAUGUGUCAUUGUCUUGAAAUAGUAAUUGGAGAUUCUUGCAUGUAUUCCGUGGUCAUUUGGGCAUGUGUGUGUGCGUGCGUGCGCGCGUGUGUGUGUACAUGUAUUUGCUUGGACUUGUGUGUGGUAUGUUCAAAAGAGUGAAUUUCUGAAAAUAGGACUCAGUUAAAUGUUGAAAGUUUAGGUUAGCUGAAAUGUAUUCCAUUUAAAUGUGCUUUAUUUGAGGGGACAAUUGAGAGGAAAUUAUAAUUCGCAAAAAUGUGACCAAUUUACUGCAUGAUGAAAUGUGAAAACAGUGCCUUUUAAGGACAUCAAUUUUAAAAUUAAGCUUUAAAAUAUUAACAAAGAUCUCUUAAAAAGUUGUCAUGAACAUUAUUGGUUUAUUUUUAAACGAGACCUAAGUUAGAGCUUAAAUUGCCAAAAGUAUAGUUACUAAUUUAUUUACCCAUUUGUUUUGUGCAUAAAUUUAAAACCUAAGCAGAAUUGUUUAUAAAAUUGUGGAUCAUAGAUGCUACCCAGUGUUACUAAAAUAGAACACUAGGGACUUUGGUAAGUUGUUUUGUUAAAAUCCAACUCAAGCUUUUCUCAAAGCCAAGUCUACUUGAAGAGGUGAAUUAUUCUGAGUUGGAUGUUCAUGCUCUUUGAUGGAUAAAAUGAAAAUAUUCAAUGUACUCUUGCAAAACAACGUGGGUGGUUGGGUUUUAGUGUUUUUCAGAUUAUAAAGACAGCACUUUCAACACACAUAAGAGUAUUUUGCAAACCUCUUUUAUACAGAUUAUGAGCUCUAGUUUAUUUAAGUGUUAAAUGGAAUGAUGUAAAUUUUAGGUCCAGUUGAACAAAUAUUGAGUGCCUACCAUGCGAGACUUCUUCUUCACUAGGAGUGAAAUCACCACGCUGUGUCUUCUGUUUGCAGUAUGUGGACUUUACGUUUGAAAAAGAAUUCUUGUAUUUAAAUCUUUUUCUGUUGUUAAGGGUUUAUCCUUGUAUACUGUAACCCAGUUAAUUUUUGCAUUCAGUUUUUUAGAAUGAAGAUAUAACUUAAGUGAGUCCCAUUUUUGGAAAUAAAAUUCUGCUGAAAUUAUUUAAAAAUCAGUUCUGGGGGAAAUUGAUUUUCAAGAUUCAAAUGUAUAAAGACAUUUUGAACUUUUCAGCCUCAUUUUGAAUCAGCUGAUGUCAAUGAUGAGAUACAUACUUUUUGUAUCUUGUUGCUGAAAAUAUUUUUUGCAUUUCAGCACAUUGAGUUAAAAUAAAGUUGUUACUACUUAUUCAGAA